CUUGCCUUUUAAGUGACACCUAAGUCCGAAUAUUUUUUCACUUCAGCCUUACCCACCACCACCACCACCACCACCUCGUCUCCUUUGUCUUCUCCUCUCCGCCACCACAACCACAACCACAACCACAACCACAACCACCACUACUUGUCUCUAUCUUUUUUUUUUUAAUAAUUUUUUUUCUAUUUCCUUAAUCCAAACUUUGAGAACAAGAAAUCCUAAUUUUGGAUCUCCAUUACUGAAUCUAGCUCAGAGCUCACUUUCUGUCUCACAGUUCCUCACUCUCUCUCUCUCAUAUUUUCUCUGACGUUUUACGGAGCUGCAUUUUUUGUCUGGUAAACUGAUUCCCGUCGUUUAAAUUCAUAUCUUGGCAGACUGCAAGGUAUAAAAUGGAUCGAAGGAGUUGGCCAUGGAAGAAAAAAUCAUCUGACAAGGCUGCAGCAGAGAAAGCAGCUGCUGCAGCUGAUGCGGCUGCUGCUUCUUUGGCUUCAGCUCGACCGCAGGGCGAGGAUAACUACAAAAAACCAAAUUAUGUCCAAAUCUCUGUGGAGCAAUAUUCACUUCUGACUCAUCUGGAGAACCAGGUGAAGACGUAUGAGGAACAGGUUCAAACUCUGGAUGAUCAGAUAAAGGAUUUGAAUGAAAAGCUGUCAGCAGCCAAUUCAGAGAUGACUACAAAGGAUAAUCUGGUGAAACAGCAUGCUAAGGUUGCUGAAGAAGCUGUUUCAGGUUGGGAAAAGGCUGAAGCAGAAGCUAUUGCAUUAAAAAAUCAUCUAGAAUCUGUCACGCUUUCGAAGCUUACAGUUGAAGAUCGAGCAUCACAUUUAGAUGGUGCUCUAAAAGAGUGCAUGCGACAAAUACGAAAUCUGAAGGAAGAACAUGAACAGAAAUUGCAAGAAGUAGUUCUUACCAAAACCAAACAGUGUGACAAGAUAAAGCUUGAGCUGGAAACAAAGAUAGCUAAUUUAGACCAAGAACUCCUAAGAUCUGCUGCUGAAAAUGCUUCUCUUGCAAGGUCCUUGCAAGAGCGUUCAAAUAUGCUGAUCAAGAUAAGUGAAGAGAAAUCACAAGCUGAGGCAGAGAUUGAGCAUUUGAAGGGCAACAUUGAGUCUUGUGAAAGGGAAAUAAAUUCACUCAAAUACGAACUCCAUGUUGUAUCCAAAGAGCUAGAAAUUCGUAAUGAAGAAAAGAACAUGUGUAUGAGGUCUGCAGAAGCAGCAAACAAGCAGCAUAUGGAGGGAGUUAAAAAAAUAACUAAGCUAGAAGCAGAAUGCCAAAGAUUACGUGGUCUUGUGCGGAAGAAGUUGCCUGGUCCAGCUGCACUUGCCCAAAUGAAGCUAGAGGUUGAGAGUUUGGGCCGAGAUUAUGGAGAAACUAGACUAAGGAGGUCUCCUGUUAAGCCUUCUAGUCCACACAUGUCCCCAGUUACUGAGUUUUCUCUUGAAAAUGUACAGAAAUACCAGAAGGAGAAUGAAUUCCUUACAGAGCGCUUGUUAGCAACGGAAGAAGAAACAAAGAUGUUGAAAGAAGCUUUGGCAAAGCGUAAUAGUGAAUUGCAGACCUCAAGGAGUAUGUGUGCUAAGACAGCAAGCAAGCUUCAAAGUUUAGAAGCACAACUUCAAAUCAGCAAUCAACAGAAAAGUUCACCGAAAUCUGUUGUUCAGAUAACAACUGAAGGUUCCUUCAGUCAAAAUGCAAGCAAUCCACCAAGCUUGACAUCCAUGUCUGAAGAUGGGAAUGAUGAUGACAGAAGCUGUGCUGAGUCUUGGGCUACAGCAUUGAUCUCUGAGCUCUCACAAUUCAAGAAGGAGAAGAACAAUGAUAAAUCAAACAAAGCUGAAAAUCCAAACCAUUUGAAUCUUAUGGAUGACUUUUUGGAGAUGGAGAAAUUGGCUUGUUUGUCUAGUGAUUCUAAUGGAGCCAUCUCCAUGUCAGACUCUCCAAAUGGUAAGAUAUCAGAAAGAGUGGACCAUGAUGCUUCAGAACUUGCUACCAGCAAGGACAUCCAGUCCGAGCAGAAGUGUGAUUCUAAUGAGUUGGUAAACGAUCAGCCAUCUUCUAAUGUAAAAUUGUCAGAACUUAGUCCUGGAUCUGAUGCAGAGCAGCCGCCAUUGAUGAAGCUUCGGUCAAGAAUCUCUAAUCUGUUGGAGUCCAUGUCCAAGGACACAAAUAUGGGCCAGAUUUUGGAGGAUAUCAAACAUGCUGUUGAGGAAACAAAUGAUACUCUUAACCAGCAGACUAUAAAUUGUAUUCCUGAGGAUUUUCAUUGUUCAGAUGCUAAAUGUGAUAGGCAGGCCAAUCCAGAAGAUGCCGGCUUAACUUCAGAGAAGGAGAUUGCUUUGUCCCAGCCGACCAAAGAUACUCUGCACAUAAUUAGUGAAGAUUUGAUGGCUGCCAUUUCUCAGAUUCAUGACUUUGUCUUAUUCUUGGGCAAAGAAGCAAUGGGCGUUCAUGACAUGUCUCUUGAUGGGAGUGGAUUGAGCCAAAAGAUUGAACAGUUCUCUGCCACCUUCAAUAAAGUCAUAUGCAGCAAUUUAAGUUUAAUUGACUUUGUUCUUGACCUUUCACAUGUUUUGGCCAAAGCCUGUGAACUGAGAUUUAAUGUUCUGGGCUUCAAAGGAACUGAUGCAGAAACUAAUAGUCCAGAUUGCAUUGACAAGAUUGCAUUACCAGAAAAUAAGGUAGUUCAAAAGGAUUCAUCAAGUGAGAGAUUACAAAAUGGUUGCGCCCACAUAGCGAAUCCCACUUCGGACAUUGAUGUUCCAGAUGAUGGAAAUAUAGUGUCGGGCUAUGAUUCAAGUGCCACAUCUUGCAAAUUCUCAUUGGAGGAGUUUGAACAAUUGAAAACAGAGAAAGAUAACCUUACAAUGGAUCUAGCACGAUGCACAGAAAACCUGGAGAUGACCAAGUCUCAGUUGCAGGAAACUGAGCAGCUUCUAGCAGAAGCUAAAUCACAGUUGGCCUCUGCUAAUAGGUCAAAUAGCUUGUCUGAGACGCAGCUGAAGUGUAUGGCAGAAUCAUACAGGUCACUUGAAACAAGGGCCCAUGAGUUAGAUACUGAGCUGAAUCUUUUGCGAGUCAAGACAGAAACUGUGGAAAAUGAGCUUGAAGAAGAAAAGAGGAAUCAUCAAGAUGCUUUGGCCAGAUGCAAGGAACUUCAAGAGCAGUUGCAAAGGAAUGAAAGCUGUUCCGUUUGUUCUUCCGCAGAUAAUGAACUCAAAACCAAGCAGGAAAAAGAAUUGGCAGCUGCAGCAGAGAAGCUAGCUGAAUGUCAAGAAACCAUAUUUCUUCUGGGAAAGCAGUUGAAAUCGUUUCGACCUCAACCAGAAUUCAUGGGAUCUCCAUUCAGUGAAAGGAGUCACAGGGAUGAAAGCUUCCCUGAGGAUGAGCCCACUACGAGUGGCAUGAACUUGCAAGAGUCUGAACAGACAGAGAUGGAAAGUGGUGUUUCUGCUAAUGCUUACAGGGUUGGAGCAGAGUCGCCCAUGGAUCUGUACAACUCCCCAUGUAGCCCAUCUGAUGCUGAUGCAAACCUCUUGAGAUCACCAGUCAAUUCGAAGAAUCCAAAACACAGAACCACCAAGUCAGUUUCAUCGUCUUCCUCUUCUGCUCCAUCGUCAGAGAAACAUCAACGUGGAUUUAGCAGAUUCUUUUCCUCAAAAGCAAAGAAUGGUCACUAAGACUUUGUGGCUCGCUGUAAUAACACAAUGUUUUGUGGUCGGAAGAACCACCAAGUAAUAAUUAGAAGAAGCACCCCAAAAAAAAAAAAAAAAAAAUGGAGAUCUCCUUCAUUUGUGUUUAUUAUCUGAAUGGUUGCGUGGAAAAAUUACCAGUUGUGAAAGUUCAAUGUUGGAAGAUAUUUGUGAAGGUCAGGUAAUUUUUGUAACUAGAAAGGGGCUGUAUAUGAUAUACCAUAUCUGUUAAUUUGUUUUUCUUCUACUGGCCUUUUGUAAUUUGUUUACUUAAACCAUGACAUAGUUUAUUAAGUGUUUUCACAAUAUUUUGAAUAUAUUGUAGUUGUAUGUUGAAGCUGUUA